AUGUCCCCACCACUCGUCGUCGCAUUUGGUGUCGCGGGACGGAUAGACAUUGAUCUCACUACUGAACCGCUUGGACACAACGACGUAGGGGAGGCUGUCUACCUAAAGGACAUCUGGCCCACCCGCCAAGAGAUCACCGAAAUGAUCGCUGCCGCAGUCGAUCGACGGACGUUCCGAGAGAUAUAUGAGUCGAUCGGCAAUCAAGCACCGGAAUGGGAAGAACUUUCAGGCGCGACAGGAGUCCUCUACCCGUGGAACGAGAGAAGCACCUAUGUCCAACAUCCCCCGUUCUUUGAAGGGUUUGCACGUGAACCUGCUCCUAUCUCGGAUGUCGUGGAUGCCCGUAUUCUCGGCAUCUUCGGCGAUUCUGUCACUACUGACCAUAUAUCCCCAGCGGGUGCAAUCGCAGCAGCGAGUCCUACGGGGGAAUACCUCCAAGAACAUGGGGUUGAAAUACGAGAUUUCAAUACCUACGGAUCCAGACGUGGUAACGACCGUGUGAUGAGUCGUGGUACGUUCGCUAACCGUCGUGUCCGGAACUUGAUGACACCCGAUGUAGAGGGCGGAUAUACGCUUCAGUAUCCUGAGGAAACACAAACGACUAUCUACGAAGCGGCACUCCACUACAGCGAAAACGAAGUUCCAACCGUUAUUUUCGCCGGACAGGACUACGGUAUGGGAAGUUCUCGGGAUUGGGCGGCAAAGGGACCCAAACUCUUGGGUGUCAAAGCUGUCGUUGUGGAGAGCUUCGAGCGUAUCCACCGCAGUAACCUCAUCGGCAUGGGAAUCUUACCCUUGCAAUUCAAGUCGGGGGAGAACGUCCAAACGCUCAACCUUGACGGAAGCGAGAUUAUCAGUAUCACAGGUUUUGCCGAAGACCUCCAGCCGGGACAGAUGGCGACAAUGAACAUCGUCCGUGCAAAUGGUGAGACACAGACGACGGAGUUGUUAAUCAGAAUUGACUCACCCGUGGAGGUGAGAAUACUACUAAACACGGUGGCAUUCUGGAUUACGUAA